AGUUCCAAACACCAAAAUCUCCUGUACCCAAAAUGGAAAUCAGACCCAAGAUUUUUCCAAGUCUACUAACAACCCUCCUUUUCCUUUCUUCUUUUGUUUCAUUAUCUUCAUCAUCUCCACUCAUCUUCCGCCCUCUAUUAAUCGAAGACACUUCUAGAACAGCCUCAAUUCAACAAUUUCUCAUACCACACAACAUUGCAAGAUCAGAACUCGGACUUCCUCUUCUCAAAUGGAGCAAAAAACUUGCAGACUUCGCUUCAUGGUGGGCACAACAACGGCAGGGAGAUUGUGCUUUGAUUCAUUCAAAAGGCAAUUACGGUCAGAAUCUCUUCUGGGGCAGCGGCAAGGAUUGGAAACUCGGCGAUGCAGUGGCCGUAUGGGCAGCAGAAAAAAGUUACUACAACUAUAAUGGUAAUAGUUGCACUCAGAAUAAGGACUGCUUGCAUUAUACCCAGAUGGUAUGGAGGCAGAGCUUGAAGGUUGGUCGUGCAAAAGUUGUGUGUUCCAGUGGAGACACAUUAAUCACUUGUAACUAUGAUCCACAAGGUAAUGUGUCAUAGGACAAAAACCUUUCUAAAUCGAACCAAUUUGGUUG